GGUUCUUUUAAAAAAAACUAACCCUAGCAAAAUCAAUUUCUUUUUUCCAUUCUUCUUCUCGUCGGCCUCACAUCCUCUCAACUCAAACACUGUGACAAUGGCGAAUCUGACCUAAUUCACUCCACUCCACUCCACUUCACUAACAAUGUCGAAUCUGACCUAAUUCACUCCACUCCACUUCACUAACAAUGGCGAAUCUGACCUAGCCGCCGAUUCACUCCACUCCACUUCACUAACAAUGGCGAAUCUGACCUAGCAGCUGAUUCACUCCACUCUACUUCACUAACAUUGACGAAGCGGUUUUUAUUAGCAACUGAAUCGCUCACUUCACUUAGGUUCAUUUCACUCCAUUAGCAGCUGAAUCGCUCUCUCAUCUUCACGAGCACUAGCAGCAAAUCUCAUAUCAAUGAGAGGUUAUAGGUCUAGCGCGUGACUCGAAUAUCUCUGUUGAAAUUAUGGCCCUAGGUAGGGGUCCUAACAAGGUAGCAAGAAGAUUUUCUGGUUUCAUUAUUAAUGGAAUUAGAUUUCAUACCAAGACCCGUGAAGAGCAAAGACUGACCCAAAAUAGCGGUGUAGUUAACAAAUCAGAAGGAGGGGGUGUGGAAUACUUUGGAAAACUAAGAGAUAUUAUUGAACUAAAUUACUAUGGGAGUUUCAAGAUUGUGUUAUUUAAAUGUGAUUGGAUUGAUGUUCAUCGUAGUGCUGGAAUGAAAAAAGAUGAAUAUGGGUAUACAUUAGUUAACUUCUCUCGGUUAAUUCAUACGGGUGACAAUGUAACUGAUGAUCCGUAUAUUUUUUCUUCUCAAGCUGAUCAAGUGUUCUAUGUGGAAGAUCCAAGUAAUCUAAACUGGCAUGUGGUUAUCAAAAUUAAACCCAGAGAUGCAUUUGAUAUGGGCCAUGAAGAAGAAGAUGAUCAUUCUUUUUCUUCUGUUAGUAGGCAGAUUUUAUGUGAAAAGUGCUCAAUAUUGAUCACUUAUUAGACGCAUCCACAGCUAUAUGGAAUAUGGAAAAGGGUGAAAAGAUAUUUGUAGAGGUGGAUGGAUUUGGAGUUCCAUGCUCUAGAGAAGGUGCAACACUUGGAUCCUUCUUGGGAACUAUUGCAGUGAAUGGGAAAUAUGCACCAUUGGAUAUGCCGAGAUGGGACAGCAAAGAUUAUAAGUCAUUUCGUGAUGAUAUUUUGACUUUAGUGCAAUUUGAUCUGAAAUUACAGUAUUACAGCCGAGAUAAAUCUAAGGAACAAGUCAAAACAGAUGUUCCAAAAGGGAUUGAAAUAACUCAAUGGCGUAUUUUGGUCAAUGGAUAGUAUAUUGAGAGAAGUAAGAGAUUGAGCCAGAUAAAUACUGCCAAUGCAAAUAAGAAGAAAAACAAGCAAACUACUGGAAGAAAAAGUUAUGCAAGACUUCGAAAAGAAAUGGAAAUACAAAGUGGGGUGGCCCCUGACCGACUUACUUUUUUUGACACGACCCAUAGAAAGAAGGAUGGCACGUAUAUUGAUGACAAUAGCAAAGAGCUUAUGGAGAAAGCGAAGACUCUUCAAGCAGAACGUAGUGAAGGUUCUAGCACGAGUUUAGCAAAAAUGAAUGAAGAAAUCUUUCAAGAACUAACAGGUCCGGAGCAUCAUAGGAGAGUGCGUGGUAUGGGUUCCGGAGUCACUCCUACAAGGUAUUUUGGAUCGACUAGGUAUAAUAUUGGAGACAAAUGGCACAAUUCUACAAAUUCAAGUGAAUCGGAAGAGGUUAAAGAUCUCAAGGAACAAGUCAAAAAUAUGUUCAAAACCGUGGAGGCUUUAUCCGCAUUUAUCAAGAGGCAAUUUCCGGAACAACAAUGGAUGCCUACGGCAGUUAAUAAUCCUCAGGACGGUCAUUCCUCAAGUUAGUUGGCAAUUUCUCCGUUCAUAUCAGGGGCAUCAUUCCAUCACCAAGCAAUGUGCUUCCUUUUGCAGGAUUGUUUUUGAAGUCCACUGAUUACAAUGUUUAGAAUCAUUUAUGGAAUUUUGGUUAUUAGUUUUACUGAAAGGCAUACUAUUGGAUGAUUGUUUAGAAUGAUUUAUGAAAAUUUGAUUAAUAAUUCCAAUGAAAAGCAUUUUAUGUGUAA